AACAAGUUGUCAUCAUCCUGCAUCGUCGCCCUCACGGCACUCGGAAACAACUGGUGCCCCUUGUACCGGGGGAAGACAACCCACGCAUCUGACAAUGAGGAGGACGCAUGCCAAGUGACCAAUGAUUUGUUGGCUUUUCAUUUAUUUGAUGAUGUGUUUUUGUUUUUUGUAAAUGAACAUCAAGAUCAUUAUUGGCGACCUCUUCCCGACACCCUUUCGAGAGUUAUAUUUCCCUCCUGGUGGAUGUAUCCGUUCUGAGACACAUCAUCAAGGUUCCGCGCUGUGGCUCGCGAUGUGGAGACUGCAAGUGGUUGUGUGCGCCCUGUGGCUGCUGCUGUCCACGUCUGUCGCUGCUGAGAGCAAAGCUCGGAGCUGCAGCGAAGUUAGGCAAGCGUAUCAUGCCAAAGGAUUCAGUCUUGUUAGUGCACCGCAUCAGGAAAUAUCAGGUGAGCACCUGCGUGUCUGUCCUCAGGGAUUCACCUGCUGCACACCUGACAUGGAAGACAAACUCAACCAGCAAAGCAAACUGGAGUUUGAGAAGUUGGUGGAGGAGCGCAGCCACAACAUGAGGGUGACGUUUGUUGCCAGUCAUAAAAAAUUUGAUGAGUUUUUCCUGGAACUCCUGGACAAUUCAGAGAGGUCUCUGAACAGCAUGUUCUCAAGGACAUUUGGGAAGCUGUACAUGAAAAACUCAGAGAUCUUACAGGACCUGUUCACUGAGCUAAAGCGAUACUACACAGGGGGCAAUGUCAACCUGGAGGAGAUGCUCAAUGAUUUCUGGUCCAGGCUUCUGGAGCGGAUGUUCCAGCUAUUGAACUCCCAGUACCACUUCACAGAUGAUUACCUGGAGUGUGUCAAUAAAUACUCUGACCAACUCAAGCCUUUUGGAGAUGUGCCCAGGAAACUAAAGGCCCAGGUCACCAGGGCCUUGAUUGCCGCACGGACGUUUGUCCAAGGUCUCAUGGUGGGUCGGGAAGUUGCCAACAGGGUUGCCAAGGUGAAUGUUGCACCGGCAUGUGUCAGAGCCUUGACAAGGAUGUUGUACUGCCCAUACUGCCGAAGUAUGCCAGGGCUCAAGCCUUGUCAAAACUACUGUCAGAAUGUCAUGAGAGGCUGUCUCGCAAACCAGGCUGACCUCGAUCUUGAAUGGAACACUUUUACAGAUUCCAUGUUGCUGGUGGCUGAGAGGCUGCAGGGACCUUUUCACAUUGAAGCAGUCAUUGAGCCAAUUGACAUCAAGAUCUCUGAGGCCAUCAUGACCAUGCAAGACAACAACAAGAUACUGUCAGCAAAGUUUGUUCAAAGUUGUGGUCCACCAAAACCUUCAUUCAUAGGCAGAUCUGCACGGGGCAUUUCGGAUGUGUUUAAUGCUCGUUUCAGACUUUUCACCCCUGGGGAAAAGCCAACCACAACUACAGAGACAAGCCUGGAUCGACUGGUGACUGACAUCAAAGAGAAAUUGAAGGUGUCCAAAAGGUUCUGGUCCAAUCUACCAGAUGAUAUCUGUGCCGAUGGCAAACUGACAGAGUCUGAUGAGGAGCAGUGUUGGAACAGCCACACCAAAGCCAGAUAUUUCCCAGAGGUGGUGAAAGCAGGGCUAACCAACCAGGUGAACAACCCAGAAGUGAACUUGGACAUCACCAGACCAGACACAUUCAUUCGACAACAAAUAAUGGCGCUGCGUGUGAUGACCAAUAAGCUGAAAAAUGCAUACAAUGGAAAUGAUAUCUACUUCCAAGACUCCAGUGAUGAAGGCAGUAGUUCCGGCAGUGGCAGCGGGUGCUCAGAUGGCUGCACAACUGAGGCUGUUCUUGUGGGAUCGGAAGCACCUGUGAUCGGAGUCGACAGAAGUGAUGUACACACAGCAACAGCGGGCAAGACGCUCUGCCAUGCACCGUCACUGCUGUUAACGAUAACCACCCUCAUAGCAUCACUCGGCAUAAUUCGGCCCAGAUGGAGAUAAUACAUGUGUCCGUUGCUCACUAACUACUAAACUACUGCCUACAGUAUGUUUUAGCACAUUCUACAGCUGGUCGCUCACCGGACCUCUGGAACCUUCUGGAACACACCUACUUGAGAGUGGCUGACUGUGUACUGGAUUGUAGUGAGUACAGUGGUACAUCGUUGUCAUCCCCGAAAGAAUGCAUUGAAACAGCUUCCACCCCUGAAUAAAAAUUGUGGUGAUCACUCAUUCUUUGGGAAUACAUUUUUAAAAUCAUCAAUGGUGACAAUGCAUCUCGUGAUAUUCCGGCCAGUUAUUUUCGAGGUAAUGCAGGAAUGUGUUUCUUUCCUCUGUACAACAACUUGGGGACUGUGAUGAAUUUAUCCUAUUUGUCUUUUGGCCACUUCAGAGACAGUGCUUACUGUGUGCAUGUAAGGAAAUAAAGCUCAGAUAUGUUUUUUGGUAUUUGUUUAAUACAGCUUUACAGCUUUUGGAUUUAAUUAUUCAGACAAGAUUAAAUGUCAGUAAAUCUGAAUUUCCAUUCAGAAAUAACAGUUUGGCUACAUGCGAUUGCUUUGGUUUCACCAUCUUACAUGUGCACAUUUGCUUUCCAAAAUGGGAAUGAUGGACAGCACCAAGGGAACAGCUUUGCACAGAUAAAUGUUGCUGGCUUGAUUUAAUACACAAGACACACAAAUCAGAGUAAAGACUAAGAAUAAAUGUUUUUUUUGGGGGGGCAGGGCUUUUUUGUAAUAUGUCAUGUACGAAACAGAAGACAAAACAGCAAAAUGACACAAUAGUUCAAUUGCCUGGGGUCAGCUUGUCAAAAAAAAGCCAUCCAUGCUAUAUUACUAGCUAAUUUGCUUUAUUAUUUCUUUAUAGAAGGUUGUACACCAUACCAAUACUGGUUUUCUUUAGAAAAGUUUGUAGUGGUACGUAACCAAUUAUGUCCCUGUACAAGAUCCACAAAGACGUCUCUUUGAAACCAAGACGAGUGCAGAGGUUACAGCGACGUGCUGGUUAUCAAAUGACAAGGUCACUCCAUACAUGUCUAUCUUUUAUAGAGCUUGCACUCAAUAUGAUGCUGUAUAAAAGCUUAAGGUCCAUGGACAAAUUUCUACACCUCCCAAAAAAAAGAAUAAAUAAUGUAUGUGACCUUGGUUCACAAAAAGCUAAGUUCCAGGAAUGUUGCAAAGUUUCCAAUCGAAGGGGGUAAUUGUUCGUGGUACUGGGGCAGUGGAGUCAUUAUGUUGAAGUGUGUCUUAAAAAUAAAUACCUGAAAAGUGAACCUCUUUUCUCAGCAGAGAUUUUUCCGUAGUCUCUCUCUCUUUCUAGAAAAUUAACAGCUGCUGUGAGCGUCACAAAGAGAUUACACGUUCCAUGUAGCGGGCAUGGAACAUUACUCCUCUCCUCGCUGCACUCCGGAGGGAGAAAAAGCACUUUUUCUCACGGCCGUUGUCCUUAAAAAGUUCUUAAACAUACAUGACAAGCAUAAU